CAUGGCCGCGGCGCUGACCCAGCCGGACGGCGGAGACGCCGCGGCCCCGGCCCCGCCCCCGCACGGCGCGCGCUUCCGGGAGGCGGGGGCCGGCAGCGCGCGGCGCCAUGGAGGAGCGAGACGGCGGCGGCUUCAGAAAGGAGACCGUGGACCGGCUGCUCCGCUUCCACUUCCGGGACGGGAGGACCCGAGUUAACGGCGACGCGCAGCUGCUGAUGGCGGAGAUGCUGAAGGUCUUCGUCCGGGAAGCGGCGGCGCGAGCAGCACGGCAGGCUCAGGCAGAGGACCUGGAGAAAGUGGAUAUUGAGCACGUGGAGAAGGUGCUGCCACAGCUGCUUCUAGAUUUCUAGAGGCCUCAUGAAGCACACGUGGCCUGCCAGCAGAAGACCCUGGCCUGACAGUGAACAUCUGGAUCAUCCUGAGUCCAGCCCUAGGAAGAAGAGUCAACUUUUUUCUUUCUCUGCCAUUUUGCUUCUGUUUCCUCUCCCCUUUACCAAGCACAACAAAGCCCUAGGCAACACUGCUGUCAGAUGCUGUUUUUGAAAAGAGGCUGCCGCACGCUUGUUUUGGUCGGCUGCGUAACUGAUUUCCAUCUUGCCGCCUUACUCCUUUAGCAGUAGCCUGUACUUCACAGCACAGUAAGAUGCUGUUGCUUUCUCAGCUAAUGUGAGAAACAGGUGCUGCUUCACAGAGAUGCAUUGGAAAGACUUAAUGGCUGGAAAUGUCAUCCAAACUUCAGGCUCUCAUCGCCUCAGCAGGCAGCUGUGGCAGAAACUUUAGGUCCAGCUCCAAGCCUGUCUAAUGAAUAGGUUGUUAACAGGGGCUCAGUCACAGGCUCUUGCCAAAAGCAGGUAACUGAUCUUUAUUUUAUAAAUAAACAGUGUCUGUCCCUCACUACCUUCCAGUAUUUCUUCAGGGCUGUGACAUCAAAGAAUGCUUGGAACCUUUUAACCAUUUGAUAUUCUCCUCAGAAGCUGCUUCCCCUCUGCUAUAAAUUUGUUCUCACAAAGAAACAUCAAUAAAUUAAAACCGAGUCUCCC